UUGUUUUCCCUCAUGUUCCCAUCUAAUCCUAGACUGGUGCCAUUAAUGAGAUUUCGUACGCUUUCUCCUCUUCUCAGGAAUCAUUUUUGGCUCAUGGGCUCUUCAGUUCAUGACUGACAAUUUUUUGUACCUUAGGUGGGUAAAGGCUUGUCAAAAGACGAGAAAGCUAGGAAGUUGGCUUUGCAACACUGGUUUGAGGGUUGAGGCAGUAAGAAUAUUCCUGUACCAUUUGUCUUUUUUUUUGCUUGUGACUGUAUUUAAGUUUUGUGUAAAGCCAUGUGUGAUCUUAAUUUUUCUAGCUUAACAGAUUGGUUCUCGACAGCGCUAUGGCCACAAUCUUCGGUUCUAUUAUCAUGCCUGGCUCCAUUGUGACAGUAACCAACCCGGUUUCUAUUGGUAGGUUUGCUAUUCAACAACCAAAAAGUGUGACAGUAUCAGGAGUACAUACAUUUUACGAGCUAACAUAGGCUUGACAUACAAGGAAAAGAAUUGAACCAUGAAAGAUGACCAAGAUCAAAACUAUAUUAACAAAGCAUCAAGUAUCUUGGUCCAGUGAGCUACUGUGCUUAGUAGACCGAUUAUAUAUGCUCCUGACCAAUGUUCUAUUGUUUCUUAAGAACAGACUGGAAGAGAGGCAUAUGAAGUUGUGAUUGAGAAUAGCAAACUAAUCUAUAAGCAAAGUGGGAUAGCUCUGGUCACAAAAGAAGGUCCUCCAGAUGCAAAGUGUAUUUUUGUCCUAAGCGUGUCUAAGAUAAUGUAUACAAACAUUAACAAGGUUCCAUUUUCAAAACUUUCCUCGAUGAAGACAUUGAGGAAUACGAGAAGCCUGUCCCAAAGGAGAAGAUAAUGAAACGUAUAGACUCACACAAAGGAACGAAAUCUUACCAAUUAGCUGAGAGGCUACACUCGAGAUGGAGUACUGGUGCAGGGCCUAGCAUCAGUUGUAUGAGAGAUUACCCAUCAGAGCUUCAGUUUAGGGUUCUUGAACAAGCUCAGCCAUCUCCACGAGCUUCAAGCUUUUCAAACCCAUCUCCUUUUGCCCCGGUUAGAUCACGAGGAACAACUCUUGGAGAGGUCCUUUGGUUCAAGAACUCGAGAGUCUUUAGGUCUAUAUAUAUAUACGAAGCAAAUGCUCACCAUGUAAUGAAGUGACUAAGCUUGAAUAUUUUUUUGUUAUGUACGACCCUGUCACUCGCUAAUGAAUGCACAAAGUGCCGAAACUAAAGGGCUUGAAUGAAAUAUGAUCUUCUUAUUGUGUGCCUGCCUUGUAGAGCCUGCCUUGUUCUACAAGUCACCUUUUUGUUAUUAUCUUUUUCAUAUUUUUGUCGUGUGAUUAUUUUUAAUCAAUUACUAAAUCAUAUAAAGUUGAUGACUUGAUGUCCCUUGAAUGAAUUUUACUCCUCAGCUGAUUUUUAAUGUACGUAGACAAAUGCUAAUCAAAAUAUAUCAAACCAAACCAAAAGCUGUGUUUAAAAAUUAAAACGACUGGUAGAGACAAGAUGUGAAGUUACCAAAAGGUCCUUAGAGAAACCACAAAAGAAAAACCUAACCCUAAAGUCGUGUUCUUUAUUAAGCUUUGGCUGCAUCCACUCUUACCUUUGGUGCCGUUCUCAAACUAGUUUCUUUUCUCCAGAUUCUCCUUGCUUCCACUGCCUAACAUUUACCUCUCCCGCUAAGAAAGAUGUUGAAUUCGAAGUUAUUUGCUAAGCCUGGAAGUGAAAGUGACAAUGGAAGUAGCACCGAGGAAGAGUUAGAUGAGGUUCAAGAUACCAAUACUGCUGGUGGUGCAUCUCGUUAUCUUCCAGGUGGCAGUGACACUGAUGACGGUGAUCUCCCUAAACGUGUUGUUCAGCCAGGCAAAGACAAGCGUUUUGAGGAGAUGGUCCAUACCGCUGAGCAGAUGAAGCAUGCGAUGAACGUCAAUAAUUGGGUUAGUCUACUAGAGAACUUUGACAAGAUCAACAAGCAGCUGGAGAAAGUUAUGAGGAUUAAAGAGGCUGUGAAGGCUCCAGUCUUGUACAUCAAAACCCUUGUCAUGUUGGAAGACUUCUUAAAUGAAACUACUCUGGAAGCAAAGAAUGAGAUGAGCCACAGUAACUCCAAGGCUUUGAACUCAAUGAGACAGAGGUUGAAGAAGAAUAAUAAGAUGUAUGAAGAAGAGAUCAAUAAAUAUAGAGAGUCUUCGGAAACCGAGGAAGCGAAGGUAUCAGAGGAAGAGUUGUGUAAUAAGGAUCCAAAAGAGAUCACAUGGGAAUGGAUCAACCAAAAACUCAAAGAAGUUGUGUCUGCACGUGGAAGGAAAGGAACUGCUAGAUCUGAACUGAUUGAUCAGCUCACACACCUGAUGAGACUGGCCAAAACUCCAGCGCAGAAACUCGAGAUCUUGUUCGGUCUUGUCUCCGCACAGUUCGAUGUGAAUCCUGGUCUUAGCGGACACAUGCCUAUCGACGUCUGGAAGAAGUGUGUGAACAACAUGUUUACGAUACUUGACGUUCUUGUCAAGUACGAUAACAUCGUUGUCGACGACGCGGUUGAGCCUGACGAGAACGAAACUUCGAGACCAGAAGACUAUGAUGGGAAGAUUCGUGUCUGGGGGAACCUUGUUGCAUUCGUGGAGAGGAUAGAUACUGAGUUUUUCAAGAGUUUGCAGAGCGUUGAUCCUCAUGCGCGUGAGUAUGUGGAGAGAUUGAGAGAUGAGCCGAUGUUGUUAGCUCUUGCUCAAAACAUACAAGUCUACUUUGAGCGGUGUGGUGACUUUAAAUCUGCGGCAAAGGUGGCUUUAAGACGAGUUGAGUCAGUUUACUACAAGCCUCAGGAAGUUUAUGACGCUAUGAGGAAACUGGCUGAGCAAGAAGAUGAUAGUACUGGACCUGUUGUUCCUCGUAAGCCUACUUUUGCAGAGAGUAGUCGAGCUAUGAUGGAUGGUCUCGUCUCACUUAUUUACAAGUAUGGAGAUGAAAGGACCAAAGCACGUGCGAUUUUAUGUGAUAUCUACCACCAUUCUUUAAUGGACAAGUUCGGGACUGCUAGGGACUUGUUGCUGAUGAGUCAUCUUCAGGACAAUGUUCAGCAUAUGGACAUGUCAACGCAGAUCCUCUUUAACAGAUCGAUGGCUCAGCUUGGUCUUUGCGCGUUUCGAGUUGGAAUGUUUACCGAGGCUCAAAGCUGCCUCUCUGAGCUGUGUUCUGGUCAAAGGGCGAGGGAAUUGCUUGCUCAAGGUGUCUCCCAAAGUAGAAAGGAGAAGACUCCUGAACAGGAAAGAUUGGAGAGGAGACGACAGAUGCCAUAUCACAUGCACAUAAACCUUGAGCUUCUUGAAGCUGUUCAUCUCAUAUGCGCCAUGCUAUUGGAAGUCCCUAACAUGUCAGCCAACUCUCAUGAUGCCAGACGCAAGGUGAUUAGCAAGAAUCUCCGUCGCCUGAUUGAGAUCAGCGAGAGGCAAGCAUUCACUGCUCCUCCUGAGAACGUCCGUGACCAUGUCAUGGCAGCAACUCGAGCUCUCACCAAAGGAGACUUCGAAAAGGCUGUUGAGGUUUUAAGCUCUCUUGAUAUAUGGAAACUGCUCAAGAAUCGCGAAACCGUUCUUGAUAUGGUGAAGGCUAGGGUCAAAGAGGAGGCGUUGAAGACUUAUCUCUUAACAUACUCAGCCUCUUACGAGUCCCUACGUCUAGAUCAUCUUGCUAAGAUGUUUGGUCUCUCUGAGAACCAAGUCCACAGCAUCGUGAGCAAGAUGAUGAUCAGUGAAGAACUCCAUGCAUACUGGGACCAACCUACACAUUGCAUCCUCUUCCACGAUGUCCAGCACAACAGGUUGCAAACGUUGGCUUUCAAGUUAAUAGAAAAACUUGCUGUUCUUGCGGAGAGUAAUGAAAGAGCAAUGGAGGCUAGGACCGGUGGAUAUGGAGGAAGAGGUGGUGGAACAGAGAACAGGGGAAUGCAGAUGGACGGCACGAGCCCUAUGGUCAGUCUCAACCGAGUUGUUCGCGCGUAGACUUACUUUGAUCACAUUUAAAAGCCAAAGGACUAGAGACAUCCUAAGACUUUGUUGUCAAUCUUUUUCUUCAAACUUGUUUUAAGACACCAGGAAACAGAUGGGUUCUACUUUUAUGUUCUGUUUUGGUUUUUAUUGUUUGUGGUUAAGAGAUUUUGACCUCUUUGGAUUUAUUUUUGUCUUUUCCCUAGCUAUUUACAUUAACUUUCUUUUUGUGGCUAAAUAGCUAUUUACAUAAACUUGUAGCAACAGUUUUCAUUGGCUGGUAAUAUAGAAUAGUUCAACCAAGUGUGGACGGUCCGGUGGUCUUGAGGGAGCUUUGGCCCCAAUACGGACCCGGGUUCGAAUUCUGCUGGCCACCGUCGAUUAAAAUAGGGUGAUAAAGGCAGCUCUCCAGGAUGCCUUCUGCGGAGGUGUACGUAGGCGCUAGUCGGGUUCCCUCCAGGGUGUUCAGAUUACCUGGAUUAUCAAAAAAAAAUAUAGAAUAGUUCGUGCAACUGUUUUCAUUGACCAGUCUCCAUUGUUGUGGCUUUUAAAGAACUUAUGUUUGUAUCAAAACGGUGUAAAAGCAGAAGCUGAACGAAAGAAUAACAUAAAUCAAGUCAAAAUAAUACUAUCUCACAAGAAAUAGAUUCAUGAUUAAGAAGGUAGCUGAAUAACACAAAUAUUCAUGGUGUUUAUUUAGUUCACUGACCUGGUUGCCUAAAUGAAAACCAUAAAUAUUUAAACAAAAAAAAAUCAAACUAGCAGCAAGACCUAAUUCUUUUAUGUUUCUACUCUUUGCCUCUUGUUUCUUUCUUGGGACAAGAACAUAAGAUGAGGUGAAGCCGCCUGCAAACUAUUCAAGUCGCGGUGUAUUCUAUCUCCCUCCGAAUCAUCAUGGGGUUGUGACGAGAAUUUUGAUUUCUUCAAACGAGUAGCGUUCGUUAUAACGUAUGUGGCCAUGUCUAAAUCUCCUCGUCUCCCUUUGUAACCUUUCCACUCGAAAAUUUCAAAACUGUGCAGGAAACACUCGGGAACAGAACUCGGUCGCUUCCAGCUCUCCGGGGUUUCUAUACUAGUAAAUUCAAGCUGAUGUUCCUAAUGAAGAGUACCAAACACUAACAUCAAUCAUAUCGGGAGGUGAUAAAAAAAUCAUAAUUAUUUAUUAAAAAAAAACGCUUGCUUACAUCAGUGAGUUUGAGCGAUCUUAGCUUGGGAGAAUCUUGGAGCAUACGAGUGACAAGAUCCCACCAACCUUGAGCACAUGUAUUCAGUGUCAGAUCAACGAGAUUGUGGAAGAUCAUGCCACAAGGAGACAGAACCUGUACACAACAACAACAUAAGUGAAGAAAAAACAUUCCAUUCCUUUUAGUUCACACAUAUAUAUGGUGUUAAUGUACGUACCUCUAAAAAGGAUAAACAUAGGGUAAGCGAGCGGGCACAAGUAAAAGCUUUCAGAAACUUGUGGUUACGUACUGCAAAAGUCAUUUCAACAUGUGCAACUUCUAAGUUAGGCAUAUGCUCAAUUUGAUGGAAGUCGUAAAGGACAUCAUCUCGAACGUAAAGCCACACGAGAGACGGAGCAUCUAUAACAAACCCGCUACCCUUUUGGUUUCUUCCGUUAUUAUACAUGAUCAAUUUCCCUAGAGAAGGAGGCACCAUGAGAGCCACGUCCAGGUUAUCAUGGUGCACAAGGAGAAAGUCAAGAUUAGGACAACCGGAUAAAAGCCUUGUAAGAGACGACACCUUGUUGUCUGCGUAAUCCACAUCUACAAGUUUCAAAGUUUUCAGAGACGGGAGUCGAACAGAAAAAGGAACAUCCAAACGAAAGCAAUCAUAGAGUUCCAAGGUUUCUAGUGUUUCACAUGUAUACAUGCUACUCGGCAAGCUGAUCAUGGUCCCUCUCUCAUUAGAAGGAUGGAUGAUAGCUAUAAUCGCUUGCACACGGUGACAAACAACUGCGGUUUCAAUCCAAUUACCAACAUCUAUUGCUUGACACUUGGAACCUAGAUUGAGAUCCAAGGUCUCUAGAACCGGUGCCUUAUUUGACAUCAAUGACCUGUAAACAAACUGCGUGAAGGUCGCAUAGUUUUCAUUACUGUAGCUGCAAUCGGCAUAAUCAAGCUUUGGAACUAAACUCCAAAGACGCAGCCAUCUUUUCGACAAACAACAUGUGGCCAUGACAUGUUUCGUCGGGACACGUGACAGUAUUCGGAUGAGCAAGUCAUCUGACAAUUGACUGAUCAUGUCCAUGUUUGUAUAUUUUCGAAUAGAGAUCACAAUUCACGCAUUCUCUACUUAUAGAAGUCGAUAACUUUUUUUUUGUUUUCCUAUUAAACAAUGGGGUUGAUAUUCCUUUUUUUUAGUGAAUCGCAUACUUUGCAUAAAUGUAUUUGAGUAGUUUUCCUCUUCACUGAUAUAAAUCUUAUUUUCCUUUUUUAUUUUAUUUUCCUGUAAUUAAUCAGGAUUAUGAUUAUUAUUACUAUUAUUUUAAACAUGUGUGAUUCAUUCAUUCUGUGAAACCUUUGUGUGUUAAAUAAAUCAUUUAUUAAUAGGGGCACGGUACAUGAUGGGAUUCUUGAAAGGCACGGCACGAAGGAGUAAUUAGGGUUUUGCUCAUUAGUGAGUAUUCGAUUACUGUGUUGUUACUUGUGCAGUACCCGAAAUAUAAGGUGAUUGAUUCUUGAGAGUGUUUUGGAGAUGAUAAAGACAGAAGAAGAAGCAGACUGGUUGGUUCCUUUGGUAGUCUCUUACAUUAACUUGUGAAACAGUUAUCAUCGUCUUGCAAUAUAAAAUCUUAAAUGCCCCUGUUUAUCAUUGACCAGUCUCCAUUGUUGUGGCUUUAAAGAACAUAUAUUGGUCAUGUUUGGAUCAAAACAGUGUAAAAAGCAUAAAUUGAAGGAAAGAAUUAACAUGAAAUUAAGUCAAAAUAAUAUCUCACAAGAAAUAGAUUCUGAUGCAAGAAGGGAGCUAAAUAAUUUCAGCCAAACACAAACAUUCAUGGGACUAGGUUUUAUAGUUCAUUGACCUCAUUGCCUAUAUUACACUAUUCCAAGGUAGAAGGCUAAAUCGAUUUCAAA